CUCUGGUUUUGAUGCUAGGUUUCUUUUUCACCUAUUCUUUCUGUCUGUCGCCUGCUUACUAACUUAUUAUUUUCUUGGCAUACAAGUGACCAGAACAGAUCUCCGGCAUUGACUCAGUCCACAGCUCCAAAAAAUGGGGGCAAAAGGAGAACGAUAUUAUCCACAAUUCACCUUGAAGGGAGUUCCGACCGAAGCCUGCUGAGCAAAUUGAAGACAAUCUUGCCCCAAAAGGAAAUGAGCACUGGAAGGGAUUGAAGUUUCUGAAAAUCAGCAAUGGAUGUCGGCAAGCAGAACCAAAAGGAGUCAUGGAUUCCACAGAGUCAUGUUAGACAUAUCCAACCUCGUGUGAUCUACACAGACAGGCAGGGAAACGAGCUAGCCCAAGCAGGUAGUUCAGAAAUAAAGGGGUUAUCUGGAUUGGGUGAGUGUUGUCCUCCCUCCAGUUUCAAAUGGAAGGCGGCUGCUAGAGGUGCAGAAAAGGGCAGCGCCUGUAAUGACUAUGUCGAAACAUCCAGAGAGUGCUCCACUGGUAAUACAGCUACAUGGAACCUUAUGUCUUUGGACGACCCUCUGUUGGCUCUUGCAGAUGCAGCUUCCAGGGAACAUUUAAAUCCAUGGAUUAUUGGCAACUACACCCAGGAACCCAAGUGGGGGGAGGCAAACGCAUUCCCUGCCGAGACCACCUCCCAGUUUGCUCCUGUAACACCAGACAAAGGCAUGAAAGUGGAGUCCAAAAGGAUCAUAGAAAUGCAGAAUUUAUGCACACAUUCAGGAAAUCAAGAAUUUAGUGAUGAUGGAAUUGCUUCCAGGGGAGCUGAUGCCAGUGGCCUCCAAACUGAUGAAGAACUCUUACAGCGAGCAACAAAUUCAUUGUUUGCUGUAGGGUCCCCUUUGUUAAAGGAGAAUCACAACCCUGACAGGAGAGACGGCGAUGUUAUUGACCUGAACAGAACACCACAGCAGAAACUAAGGAGGAAAAAGCACAGGCCCAAGGUCAUCAACGAAGGCAAACCCAAAGGGCUACAAAAAUCAACGACCCCCAAGUCUGCUGGUUCUACUGAAAAGCCAACUGGUAAGAGAAAGUAUGUUCGAAAGAAGGCGCUCAGUAAAGCACCAGCAAGUUCCCCAGCAGAAGCAAAUGGACAGUCUGCUGAUCCAAAGAUAAUUGAACCGGCCAAGAAGUCUUGCAGAAGGGCCUUAAAUUUUGAUAUAGAAAGGCAGCCUAGAGACAAAAGCUCUAAAUGCAGUCCACCUUUUGACUUGGAUUCUAAACCAGAGGCACAAACAAACGCAGCAAUAAAUCAAUCAAAAUCAACAGUGUUUCUUGGUCGUGGAAUUGAAGUGAUGGUGGAAACCACACAAGCAGGCAUUGCCUAUGACCUUACCCGUUCUAUAAGUCAAAUGCUUAAAAAUUACGUAUCAUUGCCGGACAAAGAAGCACCACGCACAUUGUUUCCUGCCCAGACUAGUCAACAACAGGGCAAACAGGAUGGAAAUUUACAAGAGAAAGGGGUAGAUCAAGGGAAUGCUCAUAAUGUACAGGAAGACACAGCACAAAUCAUUCCAAUAAGUCCUAAUGGCUCCAAUUGCAGCAACAGCACAACUUCGACUUUGGAAGGACAGGCUAGCAGAUCAAAGAGGAAGCAUUCUGAACAACCAGACACCUGCAGCACAAAUCUAACUGGGAUUCACUAUAAUUCUUUGAAUGCUUACCAAACCAUGCCUUCGCUUCUAUUUCGAAAGAAAAAGAGGUCAGAAAAGGGACAAACUCCAGCCACAUCAAGCACUUCAUCCUCAGUGACAGCUGCAAAGGACAUUGCGAUAGUAGAAACAGCAUGCCCACAGAAGGAUCCUGAAAGAGAUCCUUUCACACCCAAUAUUAACUGUUGGAUUUCUGCUGGUCCUCGUAAUGGACUCCCAGGCAAGCAUGUAGAAGAAAGAAUAGAUCUUCUCAAUGACCUGCAAACUUUUGGCUAUAGCAUAAACCAGACAACAAGAUCAACCAAAAAAAGGUCCAGAUAUCCUGCUAAAAUUCGGGAUAUGGCUUCAGUGACCAGAAUUCCAGGGUGUGCAUUGCACCCAACUAACCGAAACAGACUUGUUACUGUGGAUUGUAAUGGGCAGCAAGUAGGAAACUCACACAGACCUCACGUGAGUGUAGAAGCCCUGCUGGCAGAGAUGAAUGGGACAUGGACAACCAAAAAGAGGACCAAGAAGAGAGCUUCUCUGGUUAAUUCAGGUUCCUACAGUAUAAAUGCAGUGCCAUAUCAUGGAAAAAUCGUUGUAUAUAAUCAGCACAAAUUCUCAGCCAAGGCAUUAGGUACUUUAUGUGCUCAUCCAGAAGAAAUGUGGAAACAAAUGUUUUCUGUUGAUUCAAUAGUCGAACAAUUAAAGCAUCUCGACAUCAAGAGGGAAAGCAAUGACAUUGCAUUUGAAGAGCAGAAUGCACUUGUCCAUUAUAAUAGUGGAGAUGAUAUGCGGAAUGCACUGGUCCUUUACAAAAGAGAUGGCACCGUUGUACCCUAUGAUGGUUCUUUUGGAUCCAUCAGGAAGCGACGCCCACGCCCAAAGGUUGACCUAGAUCAAGAAACUAAUAGAGUUUGGAAGCUUCUAAUGGGAAACAUUAAUAGUGAAGGCAUUGACGGAACAGAUGAUGAGAAGGCAAAAUGGUGGGAAGAAGAAAGGGCAGUGUUCUGUGGACGGGCAAACUCAUUUAUAGCACGGAUGCAUCUUGUACAAGGGGACAGACGCUUCUCUCCGUGGAAGGGAUCGGUUGUGGACUCGGUGAUUGGAGUAUUUCUUACCCAGAAUGUCUCAGAUCAUCUCUCUAGUUCCGCAUUUAUGUCACUUGCCGCACGGUUUCCCCUCAAGUCAAAGAACAAGCCAUGCUAUGAUGAGAGGACUAGCUUAGUGAUUGAAAAACCAAUAGAAUUCAUACCAGAUUCAGAAGAGGGCAUAAGAUGGAAUGAGGUGUCAAAUCAAUCAAUCUGUGGCCAGAGUUCGUUGACUGUCCGUGACAUUGAGCCUGAUGAAGAGCAAGAGGUAGUCAAAAGCAGUGAAAACUCUGAAAGUAGUACCAGCAUCGUCACCUCUGAAACUGAACCACAUGCAUUCAGUCAAUUGAUGGUGAGCAGAUCAACCGUUGAGAGCUCCAUGACCAGAAGGGUAAGUUACAUGGUAGAAGAAGGGACACAAAUAACUGAUGGAAUCUCAAGUCAAAAUUCAGUGAUUUCUGGUCAAAACUCUGUGAAUUCUCCAAUUGGCCAAGCUUAUGAGAAAAAAGAAUCAUGCUCGGAGAACAUCUCAGAAGGAGAAUAUCUCACUGGUGGAUCAAAGCUGUACAAUUAUAACGAUUGCAGAUCUUUCAUGGAGCUUCUGCGAAAGGUUGGAUCUCCCUUGAUGCAAGAUGCUUACAGCCAAGGCAAUGGCAAGAUGGACUGUUUGAAAGAUCAUAAAAGCCCCAUCGGAGUGUCCAUGGUCACAUCCAGUAAUUGUUAUUGGCACCUUACAUCUAACUCUGGAGCUGUGAAGGUUGACUGCUUUGAUAUGAUCCCUAAAGAAACACAAUAUGGUGAUAAAGCCUUAAACAAAAAAGAAGACAGUGCAAAAGAUCGCAAUGCCCUUGCAGUGGAAACGGCCAGUCAAAUUACUGAUCAAAAUAAGCUGACCUUGAUCAAUCAAGAAGAAUCAAGAUCUCCCAUGUCAAAUAAUCAGUCAUGCAUUGACAUUCAAAAAGACAAGCAUACGAGUGUCGAGUCCACAGCCAUGCCUGUUGAAGACCCCAAAGUCACUGACAAUUCAUUGAUUCAGAUGCAAAAUAACUACCUGCAGAAAAAUCAAUACUUACAAAACCUUUCAGGAGAAACCACGCAUAUAACUGGAAGUACCAGUGCAUUUGAUAGGCAGCAAAAUAAUCCACAAAAAACAGCAGCGUCUGAAAUGAUUGAGCUAGGUUUUUCACAAAGUAAGGAGCUCAAUGAGAUGAAAGCCGCCACCAGAAAAGCAAAAAGCAGAAGAGUUGGAAAUGAAAUAAGAGAUGACGUUAACUGGGAUGCCUUGAGAAAAGAGGCAGAAGCUAAUGGAAAGAGAGAGGGAACAGAAAACACAAAGGACUCACUGGACUGGGAAGCUGUAAGAUGUGCAGAUGUUAAUGAGAUUGCCAACACAAUCAAAGAGCGUGGGAUGAACAACAUACUUGCAGAACGGAUAAAGAACUUGCUUAAUCGACUGGUGAAAGAACAUGGUAGCAUUGAUCUGGAAUGGUUGAGAGAUAUUCCACCUGACAAAGCAAAAGAGUAUCUGCUAAGCAUUAGAGGAUUGGGGCUGAAGAGUGUGGAGUGUAUACGGCUUCUGACACUUCAUCAUCUAGCAUUCCCAGUUGACACAAAUGUUGGACGCAUAGCUGUACGACUGGGAUGGGUCCCCCUUCAGCCACUUCCUGAAUCACUUCAGCUGCAUCUUCUAGAGCUGUACCCUGUGCUGGAAUCAAUUCAAAAAUACCUCUGGCCUCGAUUGUGCAAACUUGAUCAAAGAACACUGUAUGAGCUUCAUUAUCAGAUGAUCACAUUUGGAAAGGUAUUCUGUACAAAAAGCAAACCAAAUUGCAAUGCAUGUCCAAUGAGAGGAGAAUGCAGACAUUUUGCAAGUGCAUUUGCAAGUGCAAGGCUUGCCCUUCCGGGACCAGAAGAAAAAAGUAUAGUGAGUGCAACCGAGAAUAUAUCUGGCCAAAACCCUGCUGUGGAUGCUGCUCAAUUGCCCCUGCCCCUGACCCUGCCCCAAACAGCUAAACAAUCCGAAGGAAGUCAACAGCCAGAAGCAAGCAGGCUCGCAGAAAGCAAAUCCAGAAUCACUGACUACGAACCUAUCAUUGAAGAACCAUCAUCACCAGAACCAGUGUCUACACAAGUAACAGAAAAUGAUAUGGAGGAUACAUUCUGCGAGGAUCCUGAUGAAAUCCCCAUCAUCAAACUUAACAUUGAAGAAUUCACUCAGAAUUUACAGAACUAUAUGCAAGAGAAUAUGGAACUUCAAGAAGCUGAUAUGUCUAAGGCCUUAGUUGCUUUAACUGCAGAAGCUGCCUCCAUUCCCGUUCCCAAGCUUAAGAAUGUUAGUCGGUUACGAACCGAGCACCAGGUAUACGAACUUCCAGAUUCUCACCCUCUUCUGCAAAGGUUGGAUAGGCGAGAACCUGAUGAUCCAUGUUCAUACCUUCUUGCCAUAUGGACACCAGGCGAAACAGCAAACUCCAUUCAACCACUGGAAAGAAGUUGCAGCUUACAUGAAUGUGGUGAAUUGUGUGAUGAGAAAACAUGUUUCUCAUGCAACAACAUACGGGAAGAAAAUUCUCAAAUUGUUCGAGGGACUCUCUUGAUACCAUGUCGAACAGCGAUGAGGGGAAGCUUUCCCCUCAAUGGCACAUAUUUUCAAGUUAACGAGGUAUUUGCUGACCAUGAUUCUAGUCUGAAUCCAAUUGAUGUUCCUAGAGCAUGGAUAUGGAACCUGCCCAGACGAACUGUGUACUUUGGAACCUCCAUACCAACAAUAUUCAAAGGUUUGACAACAGAAGGUAUUCAGCAUUGUUUCUGGAGAGGAUAUGUCUGCGUUAGGGGAUUUGACCAGAAGACACGAGCACCCCGACCACUGAUGGCCAGAUUGCAUUUUCCAGCUAGCAAAUUAACCCAGACAAAAAAGGGUGAUAUUAGUGGUCGGUAGAUAACACUGUUAAUUAUCUGCACCACAAGCAGAGUGUGACAGGUGACCAUGUUUGAGCAACAAUAACCAGCGGCAACCAAUUCACUCGAUUCAUGAAACGAGGUGAAAAUUUUCAGCUUAUGUUGUAUGAUACCAUAACGUAAUGUGCAUUUGUUAUUGAAAUGGCAAUUUCUUAGUGAUAUGCUUGCAUUCAAGCAUUCUUCACUGGGUAUCA